GGUGGUGGCUCCUCUUCUGAGAUGGCGGGAGGAGAUGGAGAACGAGAAAGUAGCACUAGCAGAGGAGCAGGUGAUCUGCAAGUAAGUGGAAGGGAUCAGGCAGAGUUGUUGAGAUUAACAUUAAGGCACAGAUGAAUUUGAGUUACAGAAACCUCCCUUGGCUGUCAAGCUCAUGGCGUGACUGAGACUCUGACUCUGAUUACUACUCAGAACUGCAAAUGGAAGCAAAAAAUAUCACUAUCAGGACUACAACAAACGCGAUGUAGAAUGUCAAAAUCGUCUGAAUUUGAUGGAGCAUAAGUAGAAAGAAGUCGUACAUGAGGAGAUCUAGAACUAGAUCUAAGUCCUCGAUACAAAAAAUACUAAUGCUCAUGUAAGUACAAAAAACUCUAAAGAGUGCACCAGAAGAGAAGCUGUACCAAGAGCAAGCGCCUCCGAGAUCCUUUUCUCGACAGAUAUCUGCUCAGCAACGGGGACCCGAGAUCCAUUUCAUCAUCAACCCAAAAAACAAGCGAAGAGAAGACAGGCAUAUGGAAAGAGUUGGGCUCCGGAGACACCGAACUACGAGACGGGAAGAAGGUCGCGAUGUGAAGAGGAGUGUAAGUUAAGGCUUUUUUUAAUGAAGGUAGGUACGCACAAGGUCGUUGAAGGGCCUCACAUCUGUUGGAUAAGACGGGUACUUACAGUGGUAUCAUGACAUAGCAUUGUCUGCUACUACUUGUGGCGAACGCGGCGGCUCCAGCACCAGAUGUUUACCACGUGGAACUACUUUAGAAUCAAAUAUAUGAUCAAAUUAGUAGCACCCAUUGCCAGUCGUCCUAUUUUUGACGAUUGCAUGAUAUUGAUACACUCAAGAAUCGCGACCGCGAACACCCACCUUGAGUAACAAUAUCAAAAUUUUUCUCACAUACUGUACAAAAUCCAAAAGCUAAGGCAUCUUCUAAUCAACAAAAGUCGACCGCGAUACCCAUCUUCCUCUAGACGGUGGUGAACCCAAAGACGGUCCAAGAAGAGGACCAAGACGCGAAGCGACUAUGUCAUCACGCUCACGACCGGUAUAUUUGCCUCUGGGCCCUACGCUACGUCGGGCACGGCGGCCGGACCGGGAAACAAUGCGGCAGAUCGCUCGAUUUAAACACGCAUUCUUCAACUUUUUGUUGGAAAAAAGCAC